UAAUGGUCAAUCAUUAUGGAUUAUGGAAACUACAUGACGGACGGAUAUCAAUGGGAUACUAUGGACAAUACAAUCAAUGGAAUAAACUCCAAUCAAAAAAAUAGCCCGGAUAUUUUGUGGAAAAGUUGUCACAAGAUGUCAGAACCUAUGGAGCAGUCGGACGAAUAUGACUCAAAUACAUCAGAUUAUCCAUCGAGAUGGCUUCAUUUACGUAAAGUUUUGGAACGUGGUGGGCCAUUCUGCCAUCCUGAUUUUGAUCCCUGUCCAGACACUUUGAAUUUUAUGAAAGCAAAUUGCAAAAUUUUGGUUAUUGGUGCUGGAGGUCUCGGAUGUGAACUUCUCAAGGAUCUUGCGUACAGUGGAUUUUUGAAUAUCGAAGUUAUUGAUAUGGAUACGAUUGAUGUUUCAAACCUAAACAGACAGUUCCUUUUCAGAGAAAAAGAUGUUGGGAAACCCAAAGCCAAUGUAGCUGCUGAAUUUAUUAAUAAACGCAUUCCAGGUUGUGUAGUAGUUCCUCAUUACUGUAGAAUAGAAGAUUUUGAUGCUGAUUUUUAUCGGAUGUUUCAUAUUGUAGUCUGUGGUUUGGACUCCAUUGUAGCAAGAAGAUGGAUUAAUGGAAUGUUUCUGAGUCUACUUGAAUUUAAUGAUCAAGGAGAGCUAGAUCAAACGACUAUGGUUCCAAUUGUAGAUGGAGGAACAGAGGGGUUCAAGGGCAAUGUAAGGGUUAUACUUCCUGGGAUGACUCCAUGCAUCGAAUGCACUCUGGACUUAUACCCUCCUCAAGUGAAUUUCCCAAUGUGCACUAUUGCUCACACUCCGCGGCUUCCUGAGCAUUGUAUAGAGUAUGUUAAAAUCUUGUUAUGGCCACAAGAAAAACCAUUUGGACUCGAUGUUCAAAUUGAUGGUGAUGAUCCAGUCCAUAUCAAAUGGAUUUUCAACAAAGCAGUUGAAAGGGGAAAAGAUUACGGAAUCGAAGGAGUAACAUACAGAUUAACUCAAGGUGUAAUAAAGCGUAUUAUUCCGGCUGUGGCGUCCACUAAUGCAGUGAUUGCAGCAGCAUGCACUUUAGAAGUUUUGAAGCUUGCCUCAAGUUGCUGCAUGCCAUUAAAUAACUAUAUGAUCUUUAAUGACGCCGAGGGAAUAUACACAUAUGCAUACGAAGCUGAGAAAAAAGAGGAUUGUAUAGUGUGCAGCCUACGGCCACAGAAGCUAAAGUUUCGAAAAUCUGACAAGCUGCAAGAUGUUCUUGACUAUUUGAAGGAGGAUUCUGCUUUACAAAUGAGAGCUCCCGGUCUCACUACAAGUGUUGGUGGAAAGAAUAAAACUCUUUAUAUGAGUACGGUCAAAUCUAUCGAAGUUGCCACAAAACCAAACCUACAGAAGACAUUGGAUGAACUCGACAUUCAAAAUGGACAAGAAAUUGUAGUUGCAGAUGCAACUUCACCGAACCCAUUAAUUUUUAAAAUGCAGUAUGACGAAAAAUGAACCUAUCUAGUAUAAUUAUAGUUCUAUUAUUAGAUUUUGAUUGGUUUAUAAAGUUCCUUUUAAUUUGCUUAACUGAGUUUGCUUUCCUGCUGCUAGUCGGCGCUGUGAUUGAAAACUUUGCACUGUCGAUUUUGUUGUGAAUUAGAAACGAUGAUGUGAAACAGGUAUUUUACAUAUCUAAGAGAAUUUAACUCACGAAGGUAGAAGAUCAUAAGCAAACUGAUUCUCAUCAAUUACCGCAUUCUCAUUUUUCUUCCAUCUGCAAUCUCGGAAUAAAUUAUGUAGUCUUAAUGAAGAUAAUUGUGAGGAUCAGAGGAGUAUAGUUUUUCUUCUACAUGCAAUAUGGUCCAACUUCACUUCACUGGAUGCAAUAAACAGCUUUAUUUAUUUACUGGGUCCGAUUUCGCUUGACUGAAUCUGAAAAUGCAAUGAACAGCUUGAUUUAUUUACUGGAGACGCUCCGCAAAACUUUCAAGUUCAGGUCAUGCUUCGUGUACUGAGAUAAUUUACCGUUAGGUGGAAGUGGUUUUUUCAAUGAGUUGUUUGUUCUGCAGAAGACUUUCCUAAAUCGCACAACUUGUUUUAACUAACUCUUGUAAUUUCUUAGACUUACUUGCAUAUAUUUUGGACUAGAAAAUGGGGACAUUUUACCUUGCAUGAAAAUAAUAAUGCAUACGAGUGAGUACUCGCAUUAAGCAGUUUUCCAUGUCAUUUUAGUAUGUAUACUUCAAUAAAAUUAUAAAUCGUG